UUUACUCGUAUUCGCACCCGAUAUUAUAUACGUCAUAUGCAUUACGUUGUCUAGGUUAAAAUAUCUAUGUAUAGGUUUAUAAAUAUAGUAUUGUAAUUUGUAGUCAUCGAUUAGUAUUUAGUAGAUAUACCCUUUUAAUGAGCUUAUUGUUACGCGCCUUCCAUUAAAUUCUACCUCUUUUGAUUCAUUGUUAUUAAACUAAACUUACCUAUUACAAUUUGGGCCUUGAAUAUUCGCGUAUAACUACUAUACCUAUAGCUAGGCGUAUAUAUCAUUAUAUCUCAAAAGCGAUUACCUGGGUACUAUUUUCAUUUUAUAGGUUGUCUAUACGGUGGUAUUUCUAAUGUAGACAGAUUUUGUUUCCAUUCGUACAUCUCGAAGUCCUACGAAGUCGUCAGCGUUUUAUUUUAAAAAUUAACAAUGGAAGCCUGUAUACCCGAAACGUUUAGAAAUGGGAUAGUCUUGGUGACCGGAAGUACAGGAUUUCUCGGGAAGAUACUCAUUGAGAAAAUACUCAGAUCAUGUCCUGUAAAAAAAAUUGCGAUCCUAGUGAGAAGUAAAAAAGGAUUUAAUGUUAAUCAAAGGGUGGCUGAUAUGUACAAACAAGCUGUAUUCGACCGGAUUAGAAGUGAAAAACCUGGUUUUACGGACUUAAUCAAAAUCAUUGAUAGUAAUCUAGAAGAUUCGUCUAUGGGUUUGACUACAGCUGAUCGCGAUUGGAUAGUUGAAAAUGUAAACUUUGUUUUUCAUUGCGCGGCUACGAUCAGAUUUAAUGAAACCCUCGAAUCGGCAUCAAAAAUAAACAUACAAGGGACUGAAAAACUCCUGUCCUUAGCAACGCAAAUGAAAAACCUUAAGGGUUUUGUGCAUGUGUCAACCGCAUAUUCGCAUUGUCCCAGGGAUGAAAUCAAAGAGCAAUACUAUCCCGUUCCGAUUACGGCCAAGGACCUAAAAAAUAUGUUUGGUCUCAACGAUUCUACACCGAGAAUUUUAGAAGAUUGGCCAAACACAUAUUGUUUUACAAAAGCUAUUGCAGAAAAUUUGGUAUUAAUAAAUGGUAUUCAUUUACCAAUUUCAGUGUUUCGUCCAUCAAUUAUCGGCUGUACGAAAUCGGAACCUGGUCCCGGUUGGCUGGAAAACAUGAACGGACCGUCUGGGAUAGUCGCCGGUGUUAUGACUGGAUUUUUAAGGACUGUUCCAAUUGUCAGAAACAAAAUCACGGAUAUAGUGCCUGCGGAUUACACCGUCAAUGCGUUGAUUAGUGUUAUGUGGGACACGGUGAACAGAUAUCAAAACUCCAAUUUGAUAAACCAGGAACCAAAAGUUUAUAAUUACGUUUCUAGUGUUGAGAGUCCCUUGCUAUGGGGUAGGUAUAUUGAAGAAAUUAAUGGUCAUUAUCAUGAAGCACCGCCUUUACAGUCAAUAUGGUAUAUAUUUUAUGUUUUUUAUACCAAUUUAUGGAUUGGCAAAAUGUUGAGAUUCGUAUUGCAUCGGAUACCAGCCGAGUUGAUGGAUUUUUGGUUAACCGUAUGUGGUAAAAGUCCUAAAAUUUUGAAAAUGUAUGUGAAAACGGAAUGUAUGAUGGAUUUGCUUUAUGAAUUUACUACGAGACAGUGGAAAUUUGACAAUAGUAACACUAGGGAAUUGUGGUCGUUGUUAAGUCAAGAUGACCGUAACGCUUUUUGGUACAGCUUGGAAGAAUUUGAUUGGACAUCCUAUAUAAAAAUUUAUUUUUAUGGUAUCAGAAAACACGUGUUACAUGAAGAAUUGAGUAACGUGGCUAAAGCAACAGAGAAAAAUCGAAAAUUAUUUUGGAUGCAUCAGUUAUGUAUUUCUUUAAUUAUUUACGUUGCGUUCCAAGCAUGUUGGACAUUUGUAUCAUAUAUUCAUAUUGAUUAACAAAACGUAUAGGUAUAACAUAUUGCACUGGCUAUACUGCUAUAC